AUGUCAGAAGCAAGUGAGUCACCUGAAAUACGUCGAAAGAGAUUAGCUAAAGAAAGACAGGCCAGUCUUCAAAAAAGGAGAAAAAUUGUCAAUGAUGAAAAUUGCCCACCUGAAACGCGCCUGCGACCUAAACAAGAAGUAGAGCCAUCUGGUAUACGUCAGAAUUGUUUACCUAAAGAGAAUCAAGUCUGUUCAAGAAAGAGGCAAAAUGUCAAUAUUACCAUUUAUCAUCGUAUUGAUUCGUUGCUACCAGAAGAAGGUUCUCAGCUGGCAUUUGCGCAAUUAUAUAUCUAUGACUCUGUAUAUGAGAAUGCACAUCGUCAUAACAUUAUGGCAGACUUAGACGAUACCAUUCUAUAA